AUGGUGUUGCCGGCACUGGCCACCGCGGUUCCCAGGGGACAGUCCUCCGUCCGAGCAACCACGCCAGACAUUCAGACCGUCACCGACCGCCGCCUUGCUACUAUCGUCGGUGGCACGACUGGCGCGACUUCUAUCUCGACGUGGUUGUCUACACUUGAGUCGAACGGCCAAUGGCCUGAUGUCGACUACACUGCUGGUUGUGAUGCGCCCACCGCCAACUGGAAGGCCCAGACUCACUGGUCGCGCAUCCUCACGUUCUCUUCAGCCUGGCAUGGCGGCCUGAAGAAUGCCGCUCAAUUUGUCCAGAGCAGCCAAGUGCGCUCGGCCAUUUCGUCGGCUAUGGGCUUCUGGUUCUCCAACGACUUUGCGAACCCGUCCUGCCUCGAUUCUGGCGGAGACGCUACGUGUCCGUGCGGAACGCCCGGGCUGUGGAACACGAACUGGUUCUCUAACGUCAUUGGCGUCCCCACCUUCGUCGGGGAGGUCUGCCUUCUCCUUGGGGACUCUCUCACCGCUUCGGAGCUCGUGGGCUGCCAGAAGAUGACCGGGCGAAGCUUUGCUACGUUCGACACCGGGAUCAACGGUGUCAGCGCGAUAACAGGCGCAAACGCGCUGGACAUCGCGAGCAUUGGCAUCGAUGCCGGGCUGGCUGCUCAGAACGCGACUCUUAUCUCUGCUGCCUUUGGACGCGUUCACGCGGAUGCUGUGAUCAUGAAUGCCAUCAAGGCGGACGGGAUCAGACCGGACGGCUCCUUUGGGCAGCACACUGGUAUCAUCUACAACGGCAACUACGGGAAGGACUAUGAGAACGACUUGUUCGAUUUCGAAAUCGAAGCCGGCGGGACGCAGUUCCAGGCGGGCACCGAUUCGAGGACUGCGCUCGAGACCCUCGUAGAUGGCGACCAAUGGAUGAUCUACCGUAACAUCUUCACCAAUGUUCUUCACUGGGACUUCAGCGUCCUUGGGAGGCUGAUGACUGACCCAGUUAUCGACAAGCAUGCCUCUUCGAGCAUCAAUACCAACUUGACGCAGCUCCAAGUGCUCGGCCAGGAGUGGGGCUCUGACGUCCUUACGAACGUCUUCAACAACCUUUCCCUCAACACGACCACCGCAAACUCGGGUAAUCUGGUUGGAAACCGAGUCUUCUUCGCCAACGAUUACGCCGUUCAACGUGGCCCCGGCUACGUAACCACUCUUCGGAUGUUCUCUACGAGGACGCAGAACACCGAAUGCACAGACGAGGCCAACAAUUUCGGCUUCCACCUCGCUGAUGGGACAGUUUACACUCACAUCAAUGGUGAUGAGUAUGAAGACAUCGUAGCGGCUUGGGACUGGAACCUCAUCCCCGGCAUCACUGUCGACUACGGAGCCACGCCUCUGACGUGCAGCACCACUCGACACACCGGCACCCAGACCCUCGUUGGCGGAGCCUCGGACGGCAUUGUUGGCGCCGUCGCUAUGCGGUAUGAGACCCCAAGCUCGAAGAACCUAGACUGGCGGAAGACUUGGUUCUUCCUCGAGAACGACGUCCAGUUCGUUAUGGUCGCCCGCAUCACUUCUGCGACCUCUGCGCCCGUGUUCUCCGUCCUCGACCAGCGCAAGCACAUCGGUCAGGUGCUGGUGAAUGGAGCGACGGGUGGCACCGGCAACUUCUCCCACCCCAGUUCCCUGUGGCACGGUGGAGUUGGGUACGUCUUCAACACGUCCGACCCCGUCACGCUCUCCGUCGAUGUCGCCACUCGCACCGGCGACUGGUCCGCCAUCGGGGCGUCAUCGCAGCCGCCUGUGACCGUCGACAUGUUCACGGCAUGGCUCGCCCACGAUGACACCUCGAGCGCCAUCUCGUACAUGGUCUUCCCCGCGACCACCGCAGCCAACUUCCCGCAGAAGGUCGCCGCGACCAACGUGCAGAACAUCCGGAACGACGGCUCGAUCUCUGCCCUUCUCGAUGUUUCGCACAAGACGGCUUUCAUGGUGUUCUGGGUGGCUACCGGCGGCACGGUCACCAUUCCGGCGCUGGCGGCAGGUGGGGCGACUGUCAAGCUCCAGUCAUCCGGCUUCGGAAACGUGAUACUGCGUAUGGACACCUGGACGGUCACGGUGGCCGACCCGACGCAGACGAUGUCAACACUGACGCUCACGCUCACGCUGGGGUCCGGGACGGCCCCCGCUGGAUGGGGCACUUCGAAGACCAAGACGGUGCAGUUUACGCUGCCGACCGGCGGGCUCGCGGGAAGUAGCGUGUCUCAGGUAUUGCCGGCUUAA